AUGGAUGCGGCGAUUAGUACCACUAUUGUUUGGUUUCUAUGGAAGAAACGUAAUACCGGAGUGACCAGAACCACAGUUGUUAUCCAUCGCAUAGUCAGAUGGACGGUUCAAACGGGGCUCAUAGCCAGUGCCGCCUUUCUGGUAACUUUAUCAACUUUCCUUGCGAUGCCUGAUACCCUCAUCUGGCUUGGCAUCCUCGCUAUUCUAUCAAAAGUCUUCUCGAACUGUUUCCUCGCCUCUUUGAACGCACGGACAACAAUACAAGAGGUUACCAACAGACCCACAAAUAUACCGCUAUCUUCCUGGGGAGAAACCUGGCAUACCGUAUUACCGGUAGCCGAUGUGAGGAGCACACUUUCCAAUUCCGGUAGUCAUCCGCCCAGAUUUCCCGAGGACUCUGUUAUCGAUAUUCAUGUAUCGAAAGAGAUAAUUCACGGACAGUGA